AUGGUUUCUAGUUAUCUUUCUGGGCUCGCAGUCCUGCUUGCCUUCUCCUCUGGAGCCUUGGCCCAGAUUACAACGCCGUGCACUUACCAAGAGUAUCUCUGCGGUUCAACUCUACUCACCAACGGAUAUGUCACUGCUGAUCUGAGGACCGCAUAUUCCCUGAACCCGAACAACCCAGUCAUCCCAGACACCGCGCUUUCCAAAGUUCUUUUCCGUUGCACGGAUACUGUGGGCACGAUUGUUGGUAACUCCUACUGCAUUGUGGGUUGCGGAGUGGUGGGCGAUAAUCUGGUCGAUGAUCAGUGUACAAUGUAG